AUGAUUGAAUUUCCAUAUCGAAAGUUCGAACACGAAUACACAAUUUUCAUUUAUUUAUUUCGUUGUGAAACUUUAUUUUAUCACCUUUAUUUUUGUGCUGUGAAGGGAAGACGCAACGAUCAAAUGAGUAGUAGCCUCGCAAUUUUUCUGCUUAUUACCUGCUGUCUGUGUAUUGUGACAGAUGCGUCAAAACUAAGGGAAAGCUGUGAGCCUCUGUUGAACUCAACUUGGGUACAUCUGUGCAAUGGCAUUAUAACAAAAGAAAUAAAAAUUAAAUACAAAGAUCAGUUGACCACAGUCGGUACACCUUUUAAGAUUAUGACCAUGGCAAAAGAAAACCGUGCUUCCCUGAUCACCUUCUUCGAUUCGGAAAUACAGAAUAGCACUUGGAUCGCAAUCAAUACAAAUAUGACGAUAACAUUAUCGAGGAGCAAAGAGAUCAAAAUGAAACCAAAAAUGUUUUAUUGCUUCAAUUUCGGCCUGGAAUAUAUGGUUGAUUUAAUGAAUCUGUGUUUCGAGCAAGCUGAUAGUUUGGCAAAACUGAAAUGCCAUUGCGAAUACACGGUACUGCAUUAUAGUUACAUGCCACCGCUGGUUUCGGCACAAGUUCGCUUGAAUGCCGAUGUCGCUGUUCAUUUUAUUUCAACAGCCAUGUUUUUGAGUUUAAUUCAAAUGCACAGAAAUCAUUUAUGAAUAAAAUUAAGAGGUGGUAUGUUUACGGAUAUGAGGUUUGUUUAUUAUCAUUCGAA